AUGGCAGCCAACUUCGCGCCCUACCAAGAUAUCCCCGAGACGCAGCGCGCGCUUUCCCCUCCCAUCGCAUCUCCGCGUACCUCGGUCGACCGCACCCGUAACAUCUCCUCCAUCACCUCGCCCACAACGCGCGCCUACGAACAACACGAUUACUUCGGCGCCGGCGACGACUCUCCAGACAUCGAGCAUGCAGCAUGGAGUACGCCUGCGUCAUCGCAGCCACUUGGCUUCGGUGCUGCGCGGGAAGAUGUCAACAUGUUCACCACGAGUCUGGGACUGCGCAUGGACUAUGAAGCGUGUCUGGCGUACUUGCUCUUGCCGCCAGCGGGAGGAGUGUUGCUGCUGGUCAUGGAACAUCAGAGUGAUUAUGUGAGGUUCCAUGCGUGGCAGAGUAGUCUGCUGUUUGCUUUCAUCUUCGUGGUGCACGUCAUCUUCAGUUGGUCGAGCUUCAUUAGUUGGCUGAUGGUGGUUGGGGAUGUGGGGUUGAUUGGGUGGUUGACUUGGAGGGCGUACUUGGACGCAGCGACACUCGAUCGAUACGAAGUACCUUUCUUCGGCCCUUUGGCAAACUCGAUACUGGACGACGAGUAG